AUGACACCUGACUCUGGGACGAGAUACGUUGAUCAAAACGCUGCUCGAUGUCCAAAGUAUCCACUGGAGCCUUUGUUUCGUGCCGUUCGUGCUCAAAAUCCCGACUUUGAGUUGAGUGAUGUCGACAUUAUCACCGACAGAAAUAGUAUGCGAAAGUUGUUGCGCUUCGUGGAGGCAUCCGCGUCUGAUAGCUUCGAGAUCAAGGCUGAGAUUGCCGGUGAAAGGACGCUGUUACUUACACGCGUAGAAGAAAACUCGAAGGAAACCAUCAAGGGCUUCAGGGGUUUCGGCCACAACUUCGAAAAAAAAUACACGCAAGGGCUCGUAGGAAGUACUGGACAUCGCAGAAUUAUUUCAUAUCAUUUUGGCGGAAUGAGGGUUCUCUUACGGCAUGAGACCGACGGAUGCGUUGCUGGCGUACUCGAUUCCAACAUGUCUGGAACGAAGUCGGACGAUGUCGAUGGUCUGUCUGAUCGCCUGGGCUCAAUGUUUGUCUCACAGGCACUCGAGUCGGCAAACGGUAAGGUAGCCAUUAUCAGCACGAAGACCAGGCCCAUCGGUGUAGAGUCGACUCUCGAAAUCAAGACCAGAGCUGCCCGUAGGCCGCUUUUGAUGGAAGAAGUUGCUCCUCAACUCUGGUUCUCGCAGACCCCACUCCUUGUUGUUGCCUACCAUCAACAAAAUCGGUUCGCAGACGUCAAUCUUCGCAACGUGAAGCAGGAUGUCCGUGAUUGGGAGGCAAAAAACCGGAAUAACUUACGGAAAUUGGCUUUUCUCAUCCAAAAGAUUCGGCAGGCGGUGAAGGAAAUCGACGGUCGGCGUGGUGUGGUGAGAUACCAUGGUGGAUCAGCAGUAGAAGUCAUCAGCGAUGUGCGGACUCGAGCAUUGCCAGAUGAUCUUUACUCGUUUUGGGAAGAGUUGGAUCAGAACAGAAACAGAAUCAUAACGAAGUGCAACGAGCACCCUGCCAUUGAGCCCAUGACGCCGUCCCAGUCUGUAUCAAACGCGAGGCUAAACAACUACGACCCGGACGACCCCCUGGCUUUACGGCAGGCGACAGGCGCUAUCUGUACUCACACCAGUACCGAAGGUAGCGCAUCGUACUCCGAUGUUAUUGAACGUGGCUUGCGUCGCGGUUUUCGAAUGAGUUUUCGCUCCAUGCCAACUCGUCUCUCCGACUACCAUUCCCUCUGCAGAAUCCUCCAAUCCCGUCAAGUCGACGUCCUUGCAGGGCGCUCUUUGCGUGAUAUUAUGAGUGAUAUGAGACAAGGAAAAGACGACUGGGAUCCGGAUGAGCGGCAUAGGAUCUCGGGGUUCAAGAGUAUCGCACGCGACUCGGCGUUCAGGCUGCUUUACGGUUUUGUUCUGAACUUGCCCGAGUUAUGCGAUCGGAAUAUGGCCUUCAAUGCGACCAUGUUCGUGGUUUCCCAUCACAGAAUAUUCAAGUACAAAACACGAAGGAUGGUGCGAGAGGCAUUCGAGGAGAGGUUUCUCAUGUCUCGCAAACAACGCGAAGGCCUUGACAGAUGGCCUAUCGGCGAUCCUCCUUGCGAAGAUCCGAUCCAAGACGCGGAGGAGACAACAACUGAGGAAGAGACGUAUGACUUUGACUCCGACUGCUCAGAGUACUAUGUUAGGGAGUAA